AUGCUACAACACAUUGAUUCCCUUAAACCUCAAUUAAUAAAUCAUUCCAUGGACGGUGAUGAAGAAUCUACAUGGUUUACUGAACGUAUGAAAAAGGAAGAAAAAGGGAUCGAUUUAUGGAAACCUAUGACUGAAGACAAAAAGACAGAGAGUUUAGAGUUAAUAGACAGGAUUGAAACACCUCCACCUACUCCAUCUACAUCGAACCAAAACUUACUAGAAACCUCUGCUCACGACUCAAUUCACAAAGAUGACAGUUUAUCUGAAUUUUUGAAUAAACUUGAAGACAUUGCCUCGGAACCAUCGGAGGACGAACAACUCUGGACUAUUAUCUACCGCGGGCCACCACCGAAGUUUGUUAAAGGAACUCAUGUUAUUGUUAUAUUAAUAAAUAAGACCGACCAUUACCAUUUUGUUUUUCAAUCUUCUACAAAGAACAGAUUCCGAACAAUACGUAACAUAUUAAACGCCGGGGGUGUCAAAUCAGAUGUAGGUGCAACAUUACAACCAGUCCGCAAUUGGUUUGCCUUUAUGAAAUAUCUGCAAUUUAAGACAAAUUAUACCGCAGAAUUAAUUGGUACUAAUUUAAAAUCUUAUUUCGAUCAACUACUUCUAGUUACACCAGAAGAAAAAGACUGUUCUGUACUAAUGCGAAACAUCCGACAAGAGAGUAUACUAUCGCAUGACAUUAGAGUUCAAAGGGCGGAACAUAUAAUGGACUUGGUUAAAUUGCAUAACGCUACACAACUACGGGAAUUAAAAAUGAAACUGAGUGCUGAUUAUAGGUUGAACCUUUACUACGAAUACGGGAAACAAUGGGAAAAGACCGCUCAAUUAUGCAUAGACGUUUUUAACGAAGACAACGCCAAACAACAAAUGAGUACGCCAUGGGACCAAUGGAUGUCCGAAAACCAUCAUGUAGACACAUGUACACAUCUAUCCACUUUUGAAGACAGUAACUCGUGGUUUAGAGACUUUUUCAUAUCCAAUAACAUUAGUCCAUAUCGAUUUUUCACGGACGUUCAGGCUAUUAUGAACAGACAAAAAUUUGGUAUCAACACCUUAUGCAUAGAAGGUCCAACUACUACUGGUAAAACCUUAAUUCUCAAACUCAUCACUCAAAACUAUACAUUUGGUACAGUUCGUAUGAGCGGAAACCAUUCAAAGUUCUUUUUACAAAACCUCAACAACAAAUCCGUCGCUUUAAUGGAACAACCUAGAAUAACACCAGUGAACGUUAAUGACUUCAAACAAUUACUUGGUGGUUCGUCUCUCGACAUUCACAUUAAACACCAAUCAGACGUUACACUUCAACGCAUUCCAGUCCUCAUAUCCACCAAUAGUAAUCUCGGGUUGUAUAUAAAUUCAGAAGACAAGAAAGCCAUAUAUAAGAGAUGUAUCACAUAUCACUUUACACAGUCCAUAGGAUCAUCUCUACCAGAACCACCUUUUCGAUUCUGUGCCUGUCACUUAUAUGGCUUCUUCAGGGAAGCGUUUGCAGAUGAAGGUGGACAGUAA